ACAUGCCCCCUUUUCACCCAAGGCUAACUCGCUGGCUCACUCAGUCAGGCUCUGUCCUCUCUCUCCUCCUCUCCCUCCUCUCUCUCCCCCUUUGUCAGCAGGUCAGUCAGGCUGAAGACUCCUAUCUUUUGACAUCAGAGCCCAUCUCCAGUCUCUGUUCUUGUCACAUUCUACAUAUAGAUCCUGUUCUCAUUACCGAGGAAUCAGACAUGACAAGUCCCAAACGAACCUCCCUGCAAAUUGGGAAGAUGUUCGUGGAACUCAUCGUCUUAGCUGGAGUCAUUAGCACCACUGGCAGCACCAUUCAGAGGCCCGACUACGACGACACGGCCAACCCAGAGUUCCUCAACCCUUCCUGGAUGGGGGGCAUCCCAGAUAGCCGCUCGCUAUCUGAGGUCACCCUCCCUGGGACCCACAACACCAUGGCGCUGUAUGGCGGGGCCCUGGCGGAGUGCGAGUCCUGGAGCCUGGCCUCCCAGCUCCGGGCCGGCGUCCGCUUCCUGGACAUCCGCGUCCGCAACGUCCGGGGGAACCUGACCCUCCACCACGGCGUCUCCUACCAGCGGGCGCACUUCGGCCACGUGCUGGAGGACGUGGCCCAGUUCCUGUCCGAGUACCCCAGCGAGACGGUGCUCAUGCGGCUGAAGGAGGAGUUCAGCGAGACCUACGAUAUCUACGGCCCGGUUGUGAGCUACAUCCACCGCUACGCCCACUGGGACCUGCUGUGGCACAGCCGGCUCGUGCCCACGGUGGGUGAGGCCCGGGGGAAGCUCAUCGUCCUGCAGGACUUUGCCGGACCAGACCUGGGAAUGCGCUACGGGUCCCUGAACAUCGCGGACGACUGGAAGGUGCCCACCCUCCUGCACGUGAACGAGAAGUGGCAGAGCGUUGAGGAACACCUGGACAUGGCUAUCGUGGGAAACAAGGCCGAGAUCUUCCUCACCUACGGCAGCGGAGCCGGGGUCUUCGCUUACCCCAAUGCCGUCGCCCAGCGUAUCAACGCCCGUAUCUACGACUACCUGACUGCACGCAUGGGGCAGAAUUUACGUUUUGGAAUCAUCACCACAGACUUCCCUGGUGCCCUCCUUCUUCAAAUUAUCAUUGACUUCAACUGAGAGGCCUCAGUGGUGUUGGACCACUGACACUGAUUAAAUUGAUGAUCCUCAAUGGUACAGAUUCGAUCUUGCCCAUUAA